AAAUUUGUUAACUGCCUCUUGCAAAAGUAUUUCUUACAUAUGUUUAUUGAAGGUUGAAGAUGUUGUUCUGAAAUUUGAAAGCUUGCACAUGAAAUUUGAGAUAACACCAUCAUUAGAAUCAUACAAGGAGCUCAUUAAGUUUUGCUGUAGUUCACGUAAGGUGCAACUGGCUCUUGAUAUUGUUAACCAGAUUUCUCAAGACGGUUUGAGCUUGUCCAUAGACAUGCUAAAUUGCAUAUUGCAUGCUCUUGAAGAGAACCAUGAGUGUAAUUUGGUUCGGCGAAUUUAUUCAGUGAUCUGUUGCCAUAACCUUAAGCCAAAUGCUGAGACAUUCAGAAGGAUGAUAAGUUUGAGUGUGAAAAUGAAGAUUUUGGUGGUGCAUAUGCGAUGCUGAGUGAUUCAAGGAAAAUGAAUGUUAAACCUGUAG